UCUCUGAGUCUCCGCUCUGACUGAAACUGCUCUCUUGCAGUGCUUUUGCUGGCAGGAUCGAAUGAAACAGGACAUUCUGUCCGGGACAGACUUACCUGUGGAAAAAUGUCUGUUUUGAUGAAAUGAAAUACGCUCUAGGAUUGAUUCAAAACACUUGAAAAGCAGAGUCAUUAAAAGGGUGUCAGCAAAACCACGGACGUCAUCUUCUGAAUGAUCAAAGGAACACACUUUCUAUGAUGAGAAACACAUUAAUCCCUUCUUCUACAAAGUAGAGUAUUUCCUGUCCAUCAGUGCUGGAUUGGAUCUAACUAUGGGGGAUGUGACUGUAUGAUUGUGUCUCCAUCCACAUGUGUCAUGGAGUCACCAACAAACAAAUCUGAGCUUCCGUCACCUGCACUUCCCAAGAGGCCUUCUCAGGGAUCUCAGCAUGGGAUGUGUCUGGCAUUACAGAGUAGUGAGCAGAGUAGCAAUGCUUUCACCUCUGAGUCUCCAUUGUCAUCGUCGACCUUGCUCUUGUACGAUAGAGGUGAGACUUCACCGGACUCUGUGCGUAGCUUAAGUAGUCUGAGCAGUGCUAGAACAGAUAGUCCUCUGGAUGUUGACAUGCCAGAGGUGGAGAUGGGAAAAGCAACGGCCAGCAGUGAUGAUUCUGGCAUACAGAGCCCAGACUGCAGACCAGACUACAGUGAGGACAACGACAACUCUGUGUCUGUUUAUCUGGAUGCUAAUGAAGACUGUUGGAGCGACAAUGACAACAAUAACGUCACCUUGGUGGUAACACAGAAGGUUGGUCAAGCUGAUGGUGAUGAUACAUCCUUGUGCUCUUCAGAAAACGGUGACGAUGAUAAUGACACUAAAGAGGAGGAUGAAGAAGACUCUUUUCUUUCUUUAGCCUCGGUAGAAUUAAUAAUGAAGAGCCAAGUUGGUGUCUCUGAUCUGGAAGUCUCUACCAGCUCUGAAGAGGUAAUGCCAAACAGUGUUUCAUCAGAAGGCCAGCAAGCAGAAGUGCUUGACAUUGCAGUUGUGAAUGAACGCCAAAGGGAAGAUGUCUAUAAAACAGAGGAAGUUGAGUUGUCUUCGGUUGUUCAAGAAACUGAUGUCAUGAAUGAAACAGUCGUGUCUCUUGAAAAUACUCCUAUAGCAGAUACCAGAAACACAACUUCUCGCUCAUUCAUCUCAAAAGCAGACAACCAGCCAAAGUCCACAGGAAAAAAGACCAAUGAUUUGGAAGGAUGUGUUUAUGCCAAGCCUCCUACAAGGGCCGCACUCACCAAAGCCACAAAAGCUGAUGCGAAGAGGUUCCCCAGGCCAGACCUGAGGAACGUGAAGGCCAAGAUCAUCUGCAGGGCUGCCUCUGCGCCAAGAUCAGCCAAUCCUGUAAAAACAAACACUAAUGUUAACCAGUCCACUUCAGGAAGUGUGAAGGUUCAUGCUAGUAGGAAGGGGGAAAAUAAAUCUGUUGGAAAAAGAAGUAGAUCGUCAUCAAACCAUACAAGAGGCAAAGAAACAAAGAUGGUGGUCGGUGGUGGUCAAGAGAAAGAUGUAAACAUUUCAUCCUUGUCUACACGAGGAGAAGAAGCGAUGAAGUCAGAAACUCCUGCUUCAGUUGAUUUUAAAGAUGAAGAAGAGCCUCAACUUGAGAAAGAAGCAGGGGAAGAAACCUCUAAGAGCACCAGCAAGACCGUGUCUUCCAAGUUGGGACCAUCUCUGGGGCCUAACAGUACCUCCACCUCUGGACUCCCAGAAACCAGACUGAAGCACCGUGAAGCCCGACCUACAGGUAGUCUGGGUCCACCGGGAGGCAGAGUGGUUCAGCCGGCUGGUAUUCCAAGGAUGCGAAGCACAGACAAAUGCAGUCCCACUUCUGUUUCCAGUCCUUUUUGUAAAGGUCUUCAGAAAGCUGCCUCUUCCAAACUGCCUGUCAAAGGCCUACCCACAAGCCCCAGCUCCUCAUCACUGGGAAGUACAAUCAGCGAAAGCAACAAUAUUGCUGUAAGCAAAGGUCCUGCUGAGGGGACAAAGAGUGAGGAGAAGUCUAUCAAACAAUCACUAACAUCCCAGGUUCAAGGAAAGUGUCUAGUUAGCAAACCUGUAUCAGGUCACCGCGGCAGAGCGAGCUCCACACCGUCUAAACCAGCACCAGGAACGCUGAAGGUCAUGUUAUGGUCUCCGAGACUUUCCCUAUCAAACUUCCACGUGAAGCUCACGGCUAAAGGACUAUUCCGCAAUCUCCAGCUACUGCCAGGAUGCAAGAAGACUACGGUGGUCUUCCAUGCAGUGGACAAGAGCUCUAAAGGGCCCAAAGCUGCAGGGGCAACAGCUGGACGGACACAGCAGCACAGCUCAGCUAGUCAAGGAGGACCGACGGAGGAAGAGGAAGAGAAAGAUCUUCGUCUUCAAAAUGAGAAGAAAAGUCAAUGCAUCCUGCAUCUCCGUAAACUCAUUGUUAACGGCAAUCGGCGCCUGGAGGCUCUCGCCCUGGUUGUGCAGCAUAUCUUCAGUGAGCGUGAGGUGGCAGUCAAACAGAGGGAAGAACUUUCUGUCCAAAUCAACAACCUGCGAGAGCAACUGGGUAACUCUGUCUCGUGUUGUGAGCAGCUGGAGAAAGAGAAGGAGGAGGUGCGUGUAACUUUGGAGGCAUUGUUUCAGAAACUACAGGAGCAGCAUCAGACAGAACUCCAGCAGCUGGAAGAGCGACUGAAGGACUUCUACUCUGCAGAAUGGGACAAGACUCACGAGGCCUAUCAGAGGGAGGCGGAUAGAUGCAGGGUGCUCAUGCAGCAGCAGGUGGAGGAUGUGAGGAGUAAACAAGAAGCUCUGAGGAACCAACAGGAAGUGGCACACACCCAGCAGAUAGCAACACUGAAACAGGAACAUGAGACUUCACUUACAGAGCUCAGGGAGACCCAUGAACGGGACACGCAAGAGCUUGAUAAAACAAUCAAGGAGUCUGAAGCCAUGCUCAAUGAGAAAAUUCUGACUUUGACAGCAGAAAACGAGGCUUUGAAAGAGAGACUGAGAGAAGAGGAGGAACGGAGGAGAGCUCUGGCAGACAAAAGUCAGAAGGACGCCCACACACUGUAUUUGGAACAGGAGCUGGAGAGCCUCAGAGCCGUGCUGGAAAUAAAGACCAACCAGAUACACCAGCAAGACAAGAAGCUCAUGCAGAUGGACAAACUGAUUGACGAUAAUUUGAAACUGGAAGAGUGUUUAAAGAAGGUCCAGCAGGAGAACGAGGACUACAAGGCUAGGAUGGACAAACAUGCUGCGCUUUCAAAGCAGCUCUCCUCAGAGCAGGCCAUGCUUCAACAGACCCUACAGAAAGAGUCAAAGGUCAACAAACGGCUGUCUAUGGAGAACGAGGAGCUGCUGUGGAAACUACACAACGGGGACCUUUGCAGCCCUCGACGCCUCUCGCCCUCCUCUCCCUUCCACUCGCCCCGAAACUCUGCCUCCUUCUCCACAACCCCGAUAUCACCCAGAUAACCUCUGAGCUCUGACCUCGCUCGCUCGGAGGCACCUAUAUGGACCUUUCGGCCAUUUUAUUCCUAUAAUAGGACUUGUACAGUUUGUAGAGACUUGUAAAGUUUAUAAAUGUUCCCUUUCCAGUUAAAGACAAUGAUGCACAGUUGCACUUCUAGAUCAAGGAAUUGCCUUGUUCAGUUACACUCUCGUUUGUUCUUCGUCUCUCACCCUUCACCCUUUUUCACAAACGUACACAAAAACUUCUCUGAGGAGGGAACGUACCUCAGGGCUUGUACAUAGAGUAUCUCUUCCUCGGACUGCCAUUUUCUGUUACUUGUGCUCUUUUAUCCUUUUUUUUUAAAUUAAAAUGGUUUGUGCAUAGUACGUCGAGAUGUAAAACUGUCGUUUUUUUUGUAUGCUGACAAGAACACUAUAUGAUAUUUGCAAAAAGGAUGGAAAACAGAAGUCGUCUAUUUGCUCGGAUUGAUAUUUUUACAGCAUGAAUAUAGAAAAGAGAAAAAGAAAGGCAUUUCAAGGAAGAAGCUGAAAUGUCAAGCACACCUCUGAACUGGAGUGCAUACACUGUAGAUCCAGAUCUCUGUUCCUAAUAUUGUGGAAUGUAUUUACUUCUCUCCCAAACUGUGUCCAGUGGCCCACACAUCCAGAACGCUUUAGGUGUGAAUGUGUCCCUAUCUCAACCACAGUGCCCUUCUUCGCUUUAUGUUAUUUUUAUUUUUUUUAACGAAUGCAUUAAAUUUUCUGGAUGUUUAUCUAUUA